UUUCAGGCGCGGGAGUCUACAAUCUUUUUGAAGUCUUGGAUCUAGAAGAAGUAGACCUGGUCACCCUCAUCAAAGAGCAAAAUGAAAAAGAUCAGCCUGUUGAGAUCCAGUCGGAUGACACGGAGGAAGCGAACAGUGGAGGAGGAACCUCCACAGAUGAAGAUGCUGAAAGUCUGAAGAGUGAAAGUUGAAGGCGAAGGUAGUGGGGGUCGGAGGAGCAGUUGUUAGGAUAAAUCUAAUAGCAUUUUCUCCAUGAGUGUUUGUAGAUUUGGAUCAAAUUUUUUCUGUACAAUUUUCAUCAUUUUCAUGUCAAGAAUUUCAAUCGUUUACUUCUCCAUCGAUCUUUCAUCAUUUAGAAUUUUACUGGUUGUUUUCAUCAGUUCCAUUCUCUCGCCACAGCAUCUUGCGCAAGUAUUUUAUUACUUCUUGACUUUCUUAUAUCGUUACAUCACUCAUGAGCUUCUGGUCUUCUUCUUACAACAUUCACACACCAUCCAUUUGUUUUAUCGAGCAGCUACAGCAGUGAUUUUCGUCUCUUCGCGUUCUUAUCCCUUACAAGUUUUAGUUUUCUGUUUCGUGUCAGAGUCAGACCAGAUUCUUUUG